AUGAGAAAGGUCUCUGCUAAGGAAAUCUAUUUCAAGCAUUGGGACUUGCAAGGCCCUGUUAUUGACAGUAGUGAUGUACAUAGACUCAGAAAUUUCAUCAAGAAUGUAUAUGUUGAACGGAGAUAUUCAGACCAAAGAAUUGGCGAACAUUUAGCGCAAGCAAAGAUCCAGGGUAAUCAGGACUCUUAUGGAAAUAGCAAUGCAGAUUCAUCUCCAGGAGUUUUAAGAAGUGCAUAUGUCGAAACUUAUGAAGAUAAUCACGAUCUAAAGCGCACCAAAGAAAGUCUCUCAGAAAAUCAAAACAAUUUGGAUGGACAUCCAGUGAGUAGUACAGUAGACCAAAAUAAUAAUUCUACAAUGGCGAGAGAAAAGGUCGACCUUAGAAGCCAUCUGCGUCCAGACGAUCUCUUGAAAACUGAUGGAAAGUCAGAAAAUAAUCAGAAGGUUGUGAUUUCAUCAGCUUCUUCUGCAGCACAAGCUUCCAAAGAAAUAAAUAGUAACAAGGUGUUUCUGCCCAUCAAACUUCCUGAUCCUCUUAGGUCACAGAAAGCAACAUCAUCUAAUACCUCUACUGAAGCACAGCUGAUGAUCUCAAGAUACUCUAUAAGGCCUAUGCUACAGAAGUACUUUCAGAUGGAAUUGUGGAUGAUAAGAAGGUGA